GCCAUCUUUAGUUUGUUUUUUUUUUAAAUCAUAACCAAAACAAAAAAAAAAAAAGAAUCAUCAUCAUCGAAAUUGAUUAACUAGUUAUUUGACAAAUCACAUUCAUUCCUUCAUUCCUUCAUUUUUCCUUUUGAAAUCAAAAUAUAAAUGACUUCUUCAGAACAACAAUCACCACCAUCAUCAUCUACAACUAUUCAUCAUCUUCAUAAUCACGUAUCUCUUUAUCGAUCCAAAAGCACAGGCACUAUGCAACACGUGCCUCGUAGACUAAGCUCGGGAUCAGCAUGCGAGACAUGCCGACGUCGGAAGACUAAAUGUGAUGGUGGGCAACCCUGUGGAUUUUGUGCCUCCAAUCGAAUUGAAUGCAUUCAUCGGCCAAGUAAAAGAAAAAGAUCUUCCCCCAAAUAUUCUAAGCCUAUUUUAGAUCAACGUUAUCAUCUCCCCUCUACUGCUUCAUCAUCACCAUCUUGGUCAUCUUUACCUUCAUCUUCUCCACCUUCUUCUACUUGUUCUGUUUCUCCUCCUCCCCCUCCAUCCGAUCAUCAUCAACAUCAUUUAAUGAAACAAAUCAGUUGUCCUUCUUUCUUUAAUCAUUCAGGAAAGAAAGAAAUGCCAAGUAUGUUGGAUCAAUUAUCUUGUAGAACUUUCUCUGCUGUAACAUUGGCGGCUUCUGAGAACAAAACAACGUUUCCUAUAUAUCAUUUACAUUCUGAUUUUGAACGACCUUCUUAUUGAUUACUUUUUUUUUUUUUUUUCAUCUCCUUUCCUUUUUCCU